GUAAAACCGAAAUAGCUAUUUAAUUCAUUUUAACACUUGUCUCGAUUGGCCCCUCAUCCUUAGCCGACUGUGCCGUUUUACAUCUUUCAUACCUAAUAUCAAUACUGACGGCAUGUGUAUGUGCCUGAAAAUAGGCGUGUGCUAAAGCUAUACGGUACAUAAUAACUCAUUGCAUAGCACGAUAAUAAUGGCCAUGGCCGAAAUUAACCAUAAUGGGUUUAAUUUGCAGUUGGAGGAUGCGGAGCAAAUCAAUUUGUACAACAGAAAUUUGAUAUCGUAGAUCCGAGUCCCUCUAGCUCGCUCCCAUCCUUUCCUUUUUGCCAGGCUCACUUCAUCCCAGCUUCAUGGAAAAGGGAUAUCAUCAGCUUUCAACUUUACACAGUGGCCAGUCUGCCCACUCGCUUUUGCCCGGCUCCUACUAUGAUCCCUCUCCCAACAUGGCUCACGACUUUCACCGUAAGACUGAACAUGGAUACAGUCGAUCGCCCUCUCCUUCCGUAACCAAAGCGCAACGUCGUCGAGAACAGUAUGCUGGUUCAUACUCUAAGCGUUCAUCAUGCGGUGUGUGCGAUUGUGUGAUGUGGCUGUUUAUCAUCAUACUGUUCGCUAUUGGUGUAUACUGCCACUUGCACGCAUCGUCUAUCUUGUCUUCCGCAGACAACUGCCCUUCUCAGUGCCUGCAGUCCUGUUACAGCCAGUACCCUCGUACGCUGGAUGAUUGCGAUCUGAAAAGCUGUGAUUCGCAAUGUAACCCUCAAGCAGCGCAGGCAAAGACAUAUUUGCUGGCGUCCAUCGGCACUAUUGUCGCUGGUGUCAUGACCACGUUGAUCACACUUUGCAUUCGCGUGUGUCCGGGCUUCGGUGCAUUAUGCUACCGAGAUUCAUGCUGUGCCAUUAUUUGAAGGGUGGCGCCACACCUCCUGUCAUUCUGCUAUAAACAUUUCUUUUUUAUUUAUUGUUUUUAAUUUUUGUUUCGUGCUAACCUGCC